CUGCUACGUAACAGUUAUUUCAAUAUCAGGUCUACCUUUAGUCUGAAUUCAUUUAAAAUACACAUGAAAACAUAUUAUAGCAUAGAAGGAGUCUUUGAACUUGAGUCUCUCAACUAUCUUAACUGUUUCUAUCAUUUCCUGAAUGUGUUUGAGGAAGUAAACUGUGAGUUUAAACUAACAAAUGCAAGGCAACUUUCCACUUUAGGGUUAAUACCUUCAGCAUCCAAAGAGAACCCACAGUUUCAAAGUAAGGCUCUAAUCAUGCUGACCAAAAUAACUUUCAUAGCAUAUAGGCCUAUAGGGUGGUAUACUAUAGUAUAUGGAUCUGAAGAUUUCCAGAAUGUCUACAAUAUGUAUAAUGUUACAGCAUCACAGCUUAUAUAGAACUCUUGCUUCAAGCCCUUGAAACUUACUAACCAUCCUCCCCUUUAAACCUCACAUCUGAGAUGAAGUAUUAUUGCAAAACUACUUCUAUAAAAUUACUGUAGUUUCUGGUCUAUCCCAAUCAGAGAAAACUAUAGUCUUGAACCAAGCCCUUGUAUACUCCUCGAAAAUGCAUACCUAUGGUAGAGAUAUUUGGGGCACUAUAUCCUUGAUGCAAGACUAUAAGAUGGAAUGGUCAUAUGACCAUUUUUCUUAUAGAUAAGGCGUGAAUAAGACCCAGGGGGGGGGGGAAUAAGAUGCUUAAGAAUAUACUAAAACUGAGUUUCUUUGUUAUAUGCCAGAUGUUUCAUGGCCAAAAGUUAAAAUGCCUGUACAGACAGCACAGAGGCAUAAGGUCAUAUCCACUUGGCCAAUGCAGAACUUGUUUGUAUUACUCCCUUAUAACUUGAAAAUUUACAUUUGCAUUGGCAACCUUACAAUAUUACAAAAAUAUUGAAAUUUUAAUUUGAGAACCAAGUUUCAGCUGGAUAUACAUAAUUAUGCUUACACACAAUAUA